CGCAGGAUCAAAUUUCGUUGUGCCUCGAAGUGGGAGCCCCACCCCACAGGCCACAAGCGAGAUUUAAAAUCGUCUCCCUUCCCUCCCUCCUCCCGAAACCAAAUCCACAUUUCUCAUUUCCAUCUCCGCCAUCAAAACCCUAGCAAAACCCCAACAAUAGAAUUUCCUCCUUUCUCUCUCCCAUUUUUCACCCCCACACAAAGAAAGGCUAGCUCAAAAGAAUGGCUAAGAAGAAGAACCACAACCAGAACGGCAAGACUGAGAACGAAGAGGCUCUCAACAACCCGACGCCGAUGCAUCAGCAACAGGAUCAAGAACCAGUACUGGCCAUGGCGGAUCAGCAGCAGCCUCCGUCGCUAUCGCGGAUUUCCUCCUUGGAAGUAUCCGAAAACGAGAAGCUGAAGGCGCUGAACCAGCGGCUGAUCAAGACCGUGGCGGCCAAGAGGCAGGAUGUGGAGACCUUGGAGCGAGAGAAGAAAGGCCUGCAGUCCGAGUUGGAGAAGCGCGCCGCGGAUUUCCUCGCCGGGAGUGACGAGAUAGCUUGCUCAGAGAUAGAACGGAGCGUCGCGUUCGAGGCUCUUAAGGAAAUGGAAGACGCGUUCAAGAGAGGGAAUCUUGAGAAGGAAGGCGAGAUCUGGUCGCUGAGGGAGGUAAUCGAGAAGUUGACCGGCGAUGUCGAGUCCGAGAGGGAGAGGUUGAGCAAGAUUUGCAGGGAGAAAUAUGCGAUCGAAAGCGAGCUCUCCGGGAGGGUUGAGGAAGCUGAACGCUUGAAGGCGAUAGUGAAGGAGAUGGAGGAGAAGCAAAAUACGAGCGAAGGUAAGAUUCUUGAACUUAAGGUUGACAUUGAUGGAUUGAGUAGCCAGAAGAAAGACGUAGAGAAGAAAGUCGAGCUUCUUGAACGAGUUAGGGAUUCUGCUGAGAUGAAUUUGUCGGUUAGGGUGAGUGAAAUCGAAGCUCUGAAAGCUGAGAUUGAGCGAAUUCUUGAUGAGAAGAAUGCGAUUGAGAUUGAGAAGAGUGAUCAGAUCGUCAAGAUUGGUUGCUUGGAGGAAGAAAUCAAGGGAUUGAAUGAUUCUGUGCUGAGUUUCACUACUGAGAAUGGCCUUCUGAGCGAGAAGGUGAUUGAAUUGGAGAUGAGCUAUGGCGAUGCAAUUGAGAAGGAGACAGCAAUGAGAAGAGAGAUCGAUUCCUUGAUUGUAGAACAGAGGGAGAAGAUAAAGAUGGUCGAAACAUUGACAGAGGAAAAGGAUUCUCUCGGUAGGAUGAUAGAUUCCGUUAGUGGAGAAUUGGAGGGUAAGAACCUAUUGAUCGAUAAGCUCUCUCGAGAGAAGGAAGAGAUUGAGGGAAUCUCCAAGAGUAAAGAGUCUGAAGUUGCAGAACUGCUGAAUAAGGUAAGCGAGUUGGCCGGUUCUCUGAUUGCAGCAAAUGACUCCAUAAAGGCCCAAGAAGCUCGAAACAACGAGUUAGCUUCUGACCGUACUCAGUACAGAGAGAGACUGGAGCGAUUGAAGGUGGAGAAACAUGAUCUGCAGUUGGCUUUGGAGGACGAGCAGGGUUAUGGAGCUAACUUGAGGUCUAAACUUGCAGAGGAGUCGAUUAGGAUCGAGGAAGCUGCAGUGAAGCUUGAGAAGGCAAACUCUGAGAAAGAGUCCCUAAUGGAGGAGAAGAAGGCAGUGGAAGCCGAUAUUGAAUCCUUGAAGAACCUUAGUGGUGCGAUCGAGAAGAAACUUGCAGAAACACAUGUUGAGAAUGUGGAAUUGGAGGGUAAGCUGAAAUCAACUGAGAAGGAGCUGGAUCGAGCUUUGAGCCUGCUGAGCAACACUGUGAAAUUGGUCUCCCAGAGCAGCAGCAGCAGCAAUGGAUCUGUAGAUGGUGGUGUGCAGAAGGUUGAAGAACAAGUGGAAGCGAUCAGGAGUUGUUUCAGAGACAAGGAUGCAAAGGUGGAGGAGAUGAAGCAGCGUGUUGGAGCUCUUGAGAAGUCUGUUGCAGGAGCUGAGAAGAAGAAGAGUUUCUGGGCUAUGGUUUCAUCUGUUACUACAGUUGUCGCUGCUGCGUCACUUGCCUUUGCUGUUAAAGUGCGUUAGAAGAGGAGAGAAGAAGCCAUAGCCGCCAAACCUGCAUGGGUGACUAGCUCUCUAAUUUCUGUUUCUGUAGGAAAUAAGGAGAAGGUUUCUUACUGCUUGAGGGAGGGCAUCUAAUCUACUAAGAAUGAUGAUGGGUGCCAUUUUUGUUAAAGCCAAGUUGCUUACUUGUUAAUCCCUGGCCUUGUUCUGUUCUCUUAACACAGUGAACAGAUUUCGGCUAGUCUCUGGUUUUGAUGGUCCAUCCUCACUGUUUUUUGUCUUGUUUUUCCAUAACUGAAUUGAUUGCAUGAUUUUCAAUGGAGGAGCAGUUCUGGGCAUUUCAUGUUCUGAUAUGAAUGAAUUGCUUGAUGGGUCUUAUAUUAAAAGCUUGUUAUGGGG